AUGGAUAACGAUAAGAAACAUGUUGAUAAACGUGCUGAGUGGCUCCAAACGGAACAAUCUUCUGCUGCUGGUGACGUUUUUGGAGAGCCGCAAAAGACUCCUAGAAUUGGAGACGAAUACCAGGCUCAAAUCCCUUCUUUAAUGAAAGAAAGCGAGCUAUUACAAUCAGGGUUACCAGUGUGUCAUGAUGCCAAAACCGAUGUGCAAAACCAGUUUGAAUUUGGUCUGUCAAUUCCCAUCAUUUGGGUAUCUGGUCUUUUAGGUUCUGGAAAUGACACUGAUUUGCUUCCCGUUCCUGGUUCAUCAGGUGAAUCUUGGAACGUUAUUGAACAUGAUAGUUUUCUUCUUGGUUUAUAUAUAUUUGGCAAGAAUCUUCGUAUUGUGAACAAAUUUGUUGGAAAUAAAGGAAUGCCAAAUGUAUUGUCUUACUACUAUGGAAAGUUUUAUAGAAGUGGUGAACACCAAAAAUGGUCAACGUAUCGAAAGAAAAGAAGUAGGAAGUCUGUUCCUGGAAAAAAGAUUUUCAACGGGUGGAGACGACAAGAGCUAUUAUCUCGCUUACUUCCUAAUGUCACAGAUGAAUGCAAAACCAGUUUGACACAGAUGACUAGAACAUUCGAGGAGGGAAAUCUUUCGUUUGAGAAGUACGUUCUCACUCUAAGGGAUACAGUCGGCAUCAAUCUUCUAGUAGAAGCCAUAGGAAUUGGCAAAGAAAAGCGAGAUCUUCUUACUAGCAGGGCCAAGAAACCAUUGAAGAACAAGAAGCUUCAUGCUGCAUGCUCCUCUUUAGAAACAGAAGAAAUUCUCAAUCUUUUGAAGGAUGGCAUUGGAUUAAGCAAAGAAAGAUUAAACGAUCUCUUCUGGGAAGCUGUUUGGCCUCGUCUUUUGGCAAGAGGAUGGCACUCAGAACAGCCAAGAAACUAUCUUUUCCAAAAAUCGAAGCAUUCUUUGGUGUUUCUUGCACCCGGGGUCGAAAAGUUUUCUAGGAGGAGUCUGGAAAGAGGAAGUCAAUAUUUCGAUUCAUUCACUGAUGUCUUGCAUAAAGUUGCAUCAGAACCGCAGCUUCUUGACCGCCAACCAGACCAGGACCAGGUGRUGCACCAGUGUGCGAAACAGGGCUCAGAUGAUAAACAAGAUUUGAUGAAAUACACGAUCGUGGAUACCAGUUUGGUCGGGGCUGUUAAAGUGAAAGAACUCAGAAGUUUGCCUGUUUUUGAACCUGCCGAUAUACAAGCGUCGUCUAGUGUUUCUGGAGACAACGAACCAGAAACAGCAGAAGAAUCUCGAAACAAAGAUGCGAAUCAUGGUGGUGUCGAUUCACCGGAUUCUGAAACCAUGGUGAACCAUCUUGUUCCAGUGGUUUCAAGAAUUGAAGAUAAGAAGAUGGAUAUUUCUACCAAUGGGCAAUCAGUAAGAAAACUGAAGUUGAUAUUCAAACCGAAAGCAAAACGGCUCCGGUUUACUAAUCUAGCAGAGCCYAUCUUAGAAAAUUCCAAGCCAAUGAAUACUAGAAAUGAAAACUCRAAUGGUGAAGAUGAAGCAACAGAGAAGAAGCGUAAAAGUAUAGUGAUAGACUUGAACAACCCUCGAGUGGCUCCAGGUUUGGAUGGUGAUGGCUCGUUGCUUUCUACUAAACCAUCGGUUUCUUCUGAACCAACAUCGAAUCAUGGUGCGAACACAGAUCAGUAUCCRGUUACAAAUGGUCAAAGACAGAGUACAAGAAACCGUCCAUUGACCACAAAAGCUUUAGAAGCUCUUGCUAAUGGAUUCUUGAACCCGAAAAAGAAGAGGAGAGGGUUGGAGGAGAGGAGCCGGAGGCGGGUUCGUGCUAAAACGGCUCUUGUCUCGAGCUGUGGUGCACGGUUUAUCGAAAACCGGGUGGAAGGAGUCUUUAGUGGUAGUUCCCAUAUGGUCAGUGAGUCUCCAAAAUGAGACGAAAUGGAGUCUUUAGGGUUUGAUUUGAAGCUAAAACAGCUAGUUUGGUGUCAAAWGGUUGUUUCUUCUAGAGUUGUAGGUGUAGGUUUUCUUGCUUGGUUUCAAUCUGAACUCGGUGACAUGGUCAUGAGUUUGAGUUUUAUAUGAACCUUUUGA